AUGGAGUCUAGUAUAGAAGAAAUUAAUACAACGUUGGAUUCGACACUGAAAGAGGAAAUGACCUGCGAAGAAAAGGCACAGUCACAAGUGAGAGUUUCUGAUGCAAUAGAAUCAUCGGAAUCAACAGUCGCACAGUCUGCGUCGACUAUUUCAAAGCAGUCUGACUCCAGCAGCUUCCAGAAGGCCCAAGUUGCAAAAGCAGACAGUGAAGAUAUAGGAAAGAAAGAACAAUUAUGGAAACAUGAAGAAAGUCGCAAAGAGAUAGACUAUAUCAAAUGCAACCUGCAUAACGACAAAGAAAAUGAUCUCUUUUGUCGAACAUGUCAAAAAAGUAUCUGUGAAAGAUGUGCAUAUUUAAACCAUAGGGCACACAAUCUUGUUGACCUUUGGGAGAUAAUCGAUGAAAAAGAAAAACAAUUUACAUUAGAAACAGAUGUCCUUAAGUUCCAAAUUCAAUGGAAAUAUGAAGAGGAAAUUUCAAGAAUGGAGACAGAGUACAAAAAUUUGAAUGAAACUUAUUCUCAGACAAGAAAAGCAAUCAAAGCAACGGCCGAGGAGUGGCAUAAAGAGGUUGAUGGCAUCAUCAAUAAAUUUCUCAGCAGUGUCGACAAGUUCGAGGAGAUUCAUAAAAAUCGUGUGUGCAACGAGAUAAAGAAACUCGAGAACAUUUUAAGUGAAAUUAAAAAAAUUGUUGAAGAUAACGAGAAAACUUUAGCAACACCCUUGGAACUUGUUGAAAAGGAAGUACCAAAUGUAGAGGCAUUCAAAAAAUUUCCAGAGAUUUCCUAUGUGAUUCCACCGACUUUCAAAGUUGGAACUCUUCAGGAAGUCAUUGACUAUCAUAUUCAAAUAUCAUAUAAUUAUGCUGACAAAAGAAACUUACCGAUACCAUAUAACGCAAUAAACAGCAAGACUUGCGUUUGUCUGGCUGAACUUAAAGUUCUGAGCGAAAGGAGAUACCCUGGAUACGAAAUACAAACAGGGAUAACAAAUCGACCGAAAUUUUCUAAUCCCUCUAUCAAAAUACCAAAUCACAUAUCUCUAAACGAUAUUCAAGCUUUAUCGAAAGGAGAAGCUUUCGUUUCAGAUUUAGGAGGACGUGUGUCUUUAAUCAAUAGGAAGGGUUAUGUUCAGAUGUCUCAAAAAUUGGAGAGAAUACAUUUCUUAUCGAUAGGAAAGAAUAAUGAUCUGUACUAUACAGAUUCGGAUGAAAGAAGAAUAGUAAAAAUGAAGUUUGAGGUGAUGGAGUCACAUGGUUCAGAAGAGACCGAAAGGAAAAAAGAAAUGCUAACUACCUUUGAAGUGUCUACCGAAGAGUGGGAACCAAAGGGAUUAACAAUAACAAGUUCAGGACAUAUUUUGGUAUGUCUUCAGAACGAAGAAAGUGGGAAAAUCGUCAGAUACAACCAGAACUUAGAAAAAUACCUUCCUCAGGAUGAAAGCCUACAGUCUCAAAUCGAAAAGCCUGAAAGAAUUGUGGAGAACAAAAAUGGAGAUAUCUGCUUGACAGAUAUGGGUAGUGAGAAAUCUGUGUAUAUUUUCUGUAAAAAUGGGAAACUUCGCAAAAAGUAUCAACCAAAAACGGCAGAUAAUAUUUUGAAAGGCCUCUUCAAAUGGAGAGAUACUUCCUUUUCUCCGGAAGGCAUUGGUACCGACCGAAUUGGACACAUCCUGAUUUCUGACACACCUAACAAAGUUAUUCACAUUCUAAAUCAGUGGGGAGAAUUUCUUCAAUAUCUCCUCAGAGGAUAUCUCUAUCAUCCCAGAGCCAUGUCUGUAGAUGAAAGCGGAGACUUGUGGCUCCUCGAAGGAAAAGAGAAAUUGAAAAUUGUAAAGUAUUUGAAUGGAUUUCUCUAA